CUCCUCCGAUCUGUCACAGCUGCUCCAGGGCGCUGAGAUACAGAAGGAGAGCCGGGGUGAGGAGGGGUCUCUCCUCAGAUCAUGACAUUAGCACAGUACACCCACCCCCUGCACCUGCGACGGCGCUUUUCUGACAGAAAACUCACCGUGAGCGCACGGGUCGGUCGAACGGAGGAUCUUACUGGCCGUUACAGACCGUUGGCGACUCAAGCGGGCGAAAGGAGACAAAUCAACAAAAAGCGCGCCUUGCGUGCGUGAAGAAAGUGAAAGUGAGCAUGUCGUCAUCUACUGAGAUCGGCAGAUUACUGUACUACUGAAAGCAAUGCCACUGUGUGACAGCAGGCCCAGUCAUGUCCUGUGAUUGGUGUACCUUGGAGGAGAAUAUCAUGCAGUUCUGCCCCCUGGCACGCUAAGAGCCUUUUGGAGGUUUCUCCGAUAGAGAUGAGGAAAUACGUCACAUCUGCCUUGAAGAGAAUGAACCCUGAUCCUUUCUAAUUUACGUUCAUCCUCCCCGAGGAAUGAAGACGGUGAGCCGAACCCCAGCUUCCAGCUGUAGUUCCACGCUCGUCCAGAUGAGGCGCUACAGAGCGGGAGUUUAUCCCUUCCUGUUCCCAUCAGUCAUCAGCUCCCUAAACCUGCCCUCCCCAACACAGACACAUAACACCCCCAACAGCAGAGGAAGCCCAUCUCCUGUGGCCAUUGAGACUCAGAGCACCAGUUCUGAGGAAUUGGUCCCCAGUCCCCCAUCACCUCUACCCCCUCCUCGUGUCUACAAACCCUGCUUCGUCUGCCAGGACAAGUCCUCGGGGUACCACUAUGGUGUCAGUGCCUGUGAAGGCUGCAAGGGUUUUUUCCGCAGAAGUAUCCAGAAGAACAUGGUGUACACAUGCCACAGGGAGAAGAACUGCAUUAUCAACAAGGUGACUCGGAAUCGCUGUCAGUACUGCCGGCUGCAGAAGUGCUUCGCUGUGGGAAUGUCCAAAGAGUCUGUCCGGAAUGACAGGAAUAAGAAGAAAAAGGAGAUUCCAAAGCAAGAGUUGGCCGAAAGUUAUGAGUUGACAGCAGAGCUAGAGACUAUCAUUGAGAAGAUACGGAAAGCUCACCAAGAGACGUUUCCCUCGCUCUGCCAGCUGGGCAAGUACACCACGAACUCCAGUGCGGAUCACCGUGUGCGAUUGGAUCUGGGUCUCUGGGAUAAGUUCAGUGAACUGGCCACUAAGUGCAUUAUUAAAAUCGUGGAGUUUGCCAAACGAGUUCCUGGUUUCACUGGACUCACUAUCGCCGAUCAGAUCACACUGCUCAAAGCUGCCUGCCUCGACAUAUUGAUACUGCGUAUCUGCACACGUUACACCCCUGACCAGGACACAAUGACGUUCUCUGAUGGUCUCACGCUGAACCGCACACAGAUGCACAACGCUGGCUUCGGCCCGCUGACAGACCUGGUGUUCACCUUCGCCAACCAGCUUCUGCCCAUCGAGAUGGACGACACGGAGACAGGACUGCUGUCCGCCAUCUGCCUCAUCUCCGGAGAUCGCCAGGAUUUGGAAGAGCCUUCAAAAGUGGACCAGCUCCAGGAACCCCUGCUAGAGGCUCUGAAAAUCUAUGUGAGAAAGCGCAGACCUAGUAAACCACACAUGUUUCCCAAGACCCUCAUGAAGAUCACAGACCUGCGCAGUAUCAGUGCUAAAGGUGCAGAGCGAGUAAUCUCUCUGAAGAUGGAGAUCCCUGGAUCAAUGCCUCCUCUCAUCCAGGAGAUGCUGGAGAACUCGGAGGGUCAGGAUGGGCAGAACUCCUCAGAACGGAGCGGCACGGACAAAAACAGCAGCAGCUCGACGGAGCCCAAACCCUCAGCCCCCUUCCCGGAGCCCACAGAUGGGGCCACUUCCUCCAGCGAGGAGCCCUAGAACCGAAGCGGCACGUGAAAACUCAGACUGUGAGACAUUGCUUUGGACAGUACUGGUAGACUGGAGGCCGACCUCUCCAGCGUGUUGGAUUUCUGGUUGAUUUCUGCCCAUUUCCUGCUUUAAGAACAGAUGACGGCUGGUGUAUAAUCAAAUCAUCUUGGAAGAAUCAAGUCCUGAAAGCAUCAAUAUCAAAGGACUGAAUCACACACACACCCUGCAGCGUGCAUGUGUGUGUCCCAGACGCCCACCUGUGACGGAUGUGAAGCUCCUCAGGUCUCCUGUAUGGAUUUCUUCAUGUGCAUGAUAAGCUGUUACUUUUUAUUAAUUGAUUUUCACUCUUUCUCUUUCAUUCAAGCCGAUGCAUUCAUUGUACAUAUCAUUGUAUGUUUCUAUGGUGCUUUUUACAUUGUCUAACAUGCUCAUUUAAGAAGGAGCUGAAGUCCUUUAAAAUACACUUAUAUAGAAUGUUUUUGCAUAUAGGCAGUACGGAACUCUAAUAUUUUACAUUGGUUUGUAUAUUUAAAGCUAUACCGAUUCAGAAUUUUUAAAAUCAAUCUCUGUGUUCACUUGUCUGUGUAGGGGCCGAUGAACUCAUACACACACUAGUGCACUCUAUCAGUAAUCAUGAUUUCAGGCCUUCAUAUGGAAUAAGUCUUUAGUAAUUGACUUUAACCACUCUGUCAUACUCACCCUCAUGUUGCUCUAAACCUGUAUGCUCAGUUGUCAAGCUGCAUAUAUAUAUAUAUAUAUAUAUAUAUACAUAUACAUAUAUAUAUCAGAGGCUGCGUUAGACUUUAACAUUGUCCGUCAUUUUGAUGGACAGGAUUGUAAAAAUUUUGUCAUAAUCUAUUAUUACCCUUCAUAUUUUAAUUAUAAUAACACAUUUAAUUGUUUUAAUUUUUGUUAAUCUUUUUAAAUUUAUUAAGAACCUACAAUACAAUAUAGGCUUAUGCAUUUAUUUUGAAGAGAACAGAUGAACACACUCGCAGCGAUUUUAGUAUAUUCUCAUUUUUACGAACCAAUAUCGAUUUGUAAAACCCAAUGGAUCUUUUGGUCUAUGCUAUAUUCGGCUGAUCAAUGAACAGUACAUAGUGGCCUCACAUCCAAUAAAUCGCAAUAGGCUAAGCUUUGUGUUACUUUUGAUAUGAAACAGUGUCUCAAAUUUCAAAUUCUGUCCAUUUCAUUAGGAAAUUCAAGCAAUAAAUACCAUUUCGGCGCUUUUUAGUGUGGCGUGAUAGAUCGUUGUAGCUUCUGUGUACUCGCCUGUGUAAUCAAACGCAUAGCAAAAGAAUCGUGACAGUUUCGUUUUUGUUCUGGAUCCAUUGCUCUGCUGCUACAAUGGAGUGCACUCGCCACCAACUGGACAGGGGUGGCAAUUACAGUUAGAAGUUACAAUAUAUCCCCCUCAGUGUAAUCUGUCAAAGUGACAGACUGCCUUCGUCAGUGACAAACAAUUUUCAGUGACGCAACCUCUGAUAUAUAUAUAUAUAUAUAUAUAUAU